AUGGCCACCCAGUACCGCAACUCUCAGUACAGCCAGCCUCCCACUCACGAACAAUACGACGGCAACCAGCGACAGCCCACCAACAGCCGCCGCGGAACGCGGGCCGCCCGCUCAAGCGAAGGCACCGUCGUCAGCACAGUCUCAUCCGCCUCGUCCGGCCGCGAAUCGUCCGGCACAGCCAUGACCGAGCCACCCUCUUUCUCCAAGAAAAUCGUCGUCGUCGGCGACGGCGGCUGCGGCAAGACCUGUCUGCUGAUCAGCUACAGCCAGGGCUACUUUCCAGAGAAAUACGUCCCCACCGUCUUCGAGAACUACAUCACCUAUCCAACACACCCACCUACGGGCAAGACUGUUGAGCUCGCUCUCUGGGAUACGGCUGGCCAAGAGGAGUACGACCGGCUGCGGCCACUGUCAUACCCGGAGACAGACCUGAUCUUUGUCUGCUUUGCCAUCGACUGCCCGAACUCGCUUGAAAAUGUCAUGGACAAAUGGUACCCCGAGGUCCUCCAUUUCUGCCCAUACACGCCGCUCGUCCUCGUCGGGCUCAAGUCCGAUCUCCGCAACAAAAAGGCAUGCAUCGAUAUGCUCAAGACCCAGGGCUUAACACCUGUCACUGCCGAUCAGGGCAUGGUCGUCGCCAAGAAGAUGGGUGCUCAGUACAUGGAGUGCAGCAGCAAGGAAAUGAAGGGGGUGGACGAGAUCUUUGAGCAGGCAAUCCUCACCGUUGUCUCAAACGACCGCAAGAACCAGGAAGUGCAGGCUGCCAGUGUCAGUGGAAAGGGCUCCAGCAGUGUCGGUGUCUCCUUCAGCAGCGGCGGCGGCAGCAAAGGCUCGAAACCAGUUGCGGCUACCCCCAUGAAGCGGAAGAAGAGGCGGUGCAUUCCUUUGUAG